CUUCCAAAUAUAACACCAAACACCCCCAAAAAUAAAAUUCACCCUUUUUCUUCAUUUUCUCUCUAUAUAUCUAAUUCCAAAACACACAAUAAUACUCAUAUAUACAAAAUAUUUUACACACAUACAAACAUCGUAUAUAUCAUCAACAAGUAACAGAGAGAAAACAAAUCCUUUUUUUCCUCCUUGAUCGGAGGGUCGUCGUGUUCCAUAAGAUGGACGGUGGUGAAGAGACGACGACGACGACGGCUAUGGAGGCAAGAGGGUUAAAGAAAGGGCCGUGGACGGCGACGGAGGAUGCGAUCUUGACGGAGUACGUUAGGAAACACGGUGAAGGUAAUUGGAACGCCGUGCAAAAGAACUCAGGUUUGCUCCGGUGUGGGAAAAGUUGUCGUCUACGGUGGGCGAAUCAUCUCCGGCCAAAUCUUAAGAAAGGAUCUUUUACUCCUGAUGAAGAAAAGAUCAUCAUCGAGCUUCACGCUAAGCUCGGAAACAAAUGGGCACGUAUGGCUUCUCAGUUACCAGGACGAACAGAUAACGAGAUUAAGAAUUAUUGGAACACAAGGAUGAAGAGAAGACAAAGAGCUGGUUUGCCUUUAUACCCUCAUGACACUCAACAUCAGCAUGAUCAUCAAGGGAUUGAUGAUAACGAUGAUGAUGAGUUUGAGUUUGAUUUAAGUUCCUUUCAGUUCCAAAACCAAGAUCUUCUUCAUCAUAACCAACAAAACAUGAUUCAAUACACUAAUUCUUCUAAUACUUCAUCAUCUAUAUCAUCCUCUUCAUUCUCUUCUUCCUCUUCUCAACCUUCCAAAAAGAUGCGUCCUAAUGAUCCCUUAGUCUCUACUAAUCCUGGCCUGAACCCGAUCCCCGAUUCACCGAUGAAUUUUCAAAUGUUUUCUCUUUACAACAAUAGCCUUGAUCAGAAUGACAGUAGCCACUUUGGUUUCUCUCUUCCUUUGUCCUCAUCGUCUUCCUCCAACGAGUUUUGCAAUCCCAACCACAUCCUUGAGUACAUCUCUGAGAAUUCGGACACAAGCAAUUACCAUAAGAAAGACAUCGAUGCUUUGAGUUACAGCUCAUUAUUGCUUAUGGGAGAUCAUGAGGUGAGACCGAGUUCUUUCCCUUUAGGACUAGAAAAUACUGUCCUAGAGCUUCCUUCAAACCAAACAACGAUCGAUUCGUUCACUUCUAAUCCUAUUCUCGACAAUGGUGUCCAUCUUGAGCCACCUGCGGGUAACAGUGGACUGCUUGAUGCCCUCUUGGAGGAGUCUCAAGCUUUAUCUCGUGGCGGACUCUUCAAGGACGUUAGGGUUUCCUCAAGUGAUCUAUGUAAAGUUCAAGAGGAGAGGAUGAAGACGGACUUUGAGAAUCGGUUAAAAGAUCAUCUUAACUCUUCUGAUCAACCAUCACUCGGAGCAAACCCUAAUAUUCACAAGUACAAUGAACCAACAAUGGUGAAAGCAACGGUGGAUGAUGAUGACGACUUAUUGAUGAGCCUUCUCAACAACUUUCCUUCAACAACAACACCGUUGCCUGAUUGGUACCGGAUGACGGAAAUCCAAAACGAAGCCUCAUAUCUUGCCCCACCGAGCGGAUCAAUUCUUAUGGGAACUUAUCAAGGUAACAGCAGGGAGGAGGAACCAGCCACGGUGUCGCCUUCGUCCAGUGUAGAUCCAGUGGCCUCGUUGGGGACAUGCUAUUGGAGCAACAUGCCUAGAAUCUGUUAAUUUGGAACCUCCCCAUGAGCAAUAUAUCAUUUCUUUGAUUUGGG